UAGAAUAUCAUGUGCCGCCGCAUCAGCACCAGAAUUAGGAGAUUCUAGGUUUCCGGGUGAAUCGCAGAUAGUUCCAGCCAUAGCCGCAGAAUAAUACUGUCGAAAUUCCUGAGUGUUCGCCUUAAAUAGUUUUCUGGACUAAAGCCACUGGCGGAAAUGGCAGGGGUGGGGGAAGCUCCGCCACCUGCUCUUCCGCCUCCGCCUGGAAUGGCUGCUCCGCCAGGUCCGCCAGCGAUGCUUCCGCCGACGGUGGAGGAGACCGUCCCGCUGAGCCUGCUAACGACUGCGACAGUUCAGCAGACCAUGCGAGAGCUGCGACAACUGAGCGAAUCGCUGGCGACGUCGCGUGCGAUGGCAGAGGCAAGUGGGCGAGGUCCGGACGACGAGAAACAGAGAAAGGUCGCUCUGCUGAAAUUCCUCUGGCAUACGCGACAGAAGCUUCUGCGGCUGCUCGUUAUAGCGAAAUGGUGUAACCAGCUGCCAGUAAUCGAGCGGUGCAAGCAAGCGUGGACUGCGCUGGCCAACCAUGACGCAGCGUUUGUCCAAGCAGCAGACGGACUAUGGAUGACUCACGCACAGAUACAAGGGGCCAGAGCACCUCUGUAUGACGUUCCUACUGCCGUCGAAAUUCUCUCCACGCACGCUUACCGCCGGUUACCCGCUUGCGUUGACGAUCUGCAGCUCCCGCCGAACCUGAUGCUGCAGAGGCUCGGGCCAGCCUCGGUAGCAGGGUUGGUGCCGCCGGCAGGGGUUGCUGCAGCGGCGACGGCAGCUGCUGAAGCUAUGAGGUUGUUGGGAGAGGAGGAGGAGGAGGAGGAGGAGGGUGACGGGGAGAGGGAAGGGGAGGGGGAAGGAGAGGAGGAAAAAUAUUUGACAUCCGUAGAUGUGAAAGGAGCCAAGCUUGCUGAGACUGAUGCUGCUGCUGCUGCUGCUGCUGCUCCAAGUGAUAAAGAAGCUGAAGCUUUUCCUGCUGCGGCUGUCACAACUGCCACACCUGGCCCCACUGCAGCUGCUGAUUCUCUCUCAGAGAGUAAGGAGACAAGCAAAGAGAAGAGGGUGAGGCUAAGAACCGCCAGGCGCAGCGGCAGGCGAGCAGCCAUAGAGCAGAUCAACUCGUUCCUGAGGACACGGCUGCUGGAGACGCCUAUUCCCCCGGAGGUCACUAGGGUGCGCGUGGGAGGGGGCAAGGUGCGCGUGUACGUGGAGGGGGAGUAUCAGGCGGACCUCACUUUGGGUUAUGCUUCUAAUCUGUCGCUCUGGCGGGUGAUUAAAGUGAAGAUUCUUGUACGGGGCGCUGAGAACGUGACUGAGGGCGAGGAGGAAGAUUUGGAGGAGGAAGAAGAGGAGGAAGAGGAGGAAGCGGAGGAAGAAGCUGACAAGCACACUAAGGGAGGUGGAGGGAGAAAGGGAGAAGAGGUUACCAACGGGGGUUCGGGAGAGGGCACAAGGCACAGGAAAAGGCGCCAGCAGCUACUUCGGAGGCAGAAGGGCUUGUCAGGCAAGCACAAGGGCGUGCCCAUGAGCGAGGUGCAGCAGCUGGCCCUGGCGGACGAGCUGCAGCGGCGCAUGGCAGCAGCAGCUGAAGACCCAAUCACGGCCCUCCACGUGGUGCUGCACCAGGUGUGCUGCGGGGUGGCGGCGGACGAGGUGCUCCUGCAGCUGCACGCCCUCUGCUCGGCGCGCUCCUCCCCCUCCGCGCGCUGGCUCCACCACCUCAAGUUCGAAGUCGCUGCCCGGGACGGAGGGGAAGGAGGGGGAGGGGGAGCGGGAGGGGGUGUUGGGACGUCUGUGGGACCUAGUGGGAGUAAAGGAGGGGCGGGAGGGAUAGGGGGUAGGGGCGGAUUGGGGGGAGGGAGGGGCAGUGGUUCUGCAGCAGCAGCGUCAAGUGCAGGAGCGAAGGAAGGGGAGAGUGCUGGGGCAGACGGGGCAGGAGCAGGAGCGGGAGCAGGAGGGGGUGUGGUGGGAGGGGUGGCAGUACCAGCAGUAUCCCCUGCGCUGCUGCACAUAUGGUACUGGUUGGACCCGGGCAAGUCUGACAGCACGGGGGGCUCCUCUGCAGUGCUGGGCCGCCUGGGCAUCGCCCGCUUCGAGAGCGACGAGGAACCGCCCCCCUGCCUCACCCUCUCUCUCGCCCCACCCCCCGCCACCCCUCUCCCUCCUCCCGCUGUCCCUCCUGCGUCUGCCCCUGGUACUGCCACUACCCCUGCUGCUGCUGCUGCUGCUGCUGCUGCUGCUGCUGUUCCUGCUCCUCCUCCCUCCACCCUGUUCUCACGCCAGCCGCUGCCCGCCCAGCUGGUUUGCCAGCACGUGCCGUCUGUGGUGGACCCCGUGACGGGCGGCGAGGUUUGUCUGUAUCUGGACCCGACAAGGAUCGACGUGGAGCAGCUGGUGCUGUUUGCCGCCCAGUGCUCUGCACACGCCAAGCUGGCGAGUCUAAGGCGCGACCUCCUGGCCUCCCCGCUGCUCUGUGCCGGCCCCCAAGACGCCGUCCUCUCCUUCCCUCCUCCGUCCACACGCUCCUCUUCUUUCUCUUCCGUCCCAAAACCUCCUCCUCCUUUCCAGCUUUCGCCUGAAGGUGCAGCGAAAAGUGCAGCGACUUUGGGGGAGAAGAGAGGCGGGGAGGAAGAGGAGGAGGGGGGGGAAGGGGAUCUGAAGCAAGUUGGGAAGAGAUUGGGCAGUGUGCUGGGGAAGCGGAAGAAACUGCUGGGCGCAUUGGCUCUUGCUCAUGGUAUUCGUGGCAGUGGUGGCGCCGGUGGUGGCGCUCCACCCCAUAACCCACCGAGAGGCAAGCGGCGGAGACAGGGAGACGGUGGGGAAAGGGUAGCACCAAGGGAUAGACAGCAGGGGGGAGGCAGCAGCAGGGGCUGGGAUGUGUUGGGUAGGGACGUAUCUGGGCUGAGAGGGAGGGAGGUGCUGUGGGUGAGAGCGUGUGGCGGGUGGUUUGUUGGAAUCGGGGUAAACACGCGGACCGGGCGGUACGAGGUGUGGGUGGGCGGCAAGGGUUUGUCCUGGGCGGCGGCGAGGGAGGUGGAGGGCGCGCUGAACAGUGGGAGCUCGACAGCUGGCGACGCGCUGGUGCUUCUGCGGCUGCACUGCCUGCAUGCACAACUGACAGCAGCUGGAAUUGCUCUGGGCCUGGUGCCCUAUGAAGCCGGAACAGCAGGUAUCCGCUUUACCACCGACGACCCAGCCCACUCCCUCACUCUCCCCCCCGCGCCCCGCACACUCCUCUUCUCCCUCUCGCACCCUCCUUUUCUCCCGUACCCCACCCACUCCUCUCCCUCGUCACCCCACCUCGUUCCUCCCUCCGCCCCUCCUGCUCUCACCCCCGCCUGCUGGCCGCCCUAUCUCCUCGCCAUUCACAUCCAAACGGACUUCUCUCUCUCCUUCCGCCUCAUCCAACUCACGUCUCCCCCACCGCUGCCAACUUCAUUGCCCCAUCCCGCUUCUGCUGCUGCUGCUGCCACUGCCACUGACGCUGGUGCUGCUGCUGGUGCUACUGCUGGUGCUGCUGCUCCCGCUGCUACAGCAGCAGGGGCAGCAGCAGCGGGGCAGUCGUUUGUGGCGUCGCUUGCCCCGCCAGGUGUCACACGCUGGUUGGCCCUGGAGGUGGGUGCGCUGGUGCUGGCGGCUGGAGAUCCCGAGGUGGUCGCCCUGGCUGGUGCUAUUGAGGGGGAAGGGGGAGGAGGGGAGAUAGGGGGGGGAGGUGGGGAAGGGGAGGAAGGAGGGAGAAAGGAGAUGGUGGGAGGGUGGGAGGAGCUCUUCGAUUUGGGAGAUGAUUGGGAGGAUGAUGGUGGUGAGGAGUAUCAGAGGCACGGAUGGGGGUAUGAGGAGGGAGAAGGGAAAGAGCAAGCUGUGGCUGCUUCCGUUGGUGGUGCGGCAAUGGAUGAGGACGGCAUCAAUGACAAUGCUGAUGCUGAUGCUGAUGCUGAUGCUGAUGUGACAAUGGGCGGUGGAGCAUCAGGCAAAUCUGCUUCAAAGCGCAAGCAGCAGCACCACUCGUCCCGACCCCUUCGCUGCGCUCUGAUUGGCCGGCCGCUGCAGGAGCUGGUACAGCUGGCAAGGAGGGGCAAGGCCCCUGCGUCCCUCGUCUUCCCCCUGGUGCUGGCCCGAGCCCAGCACCUGGCUGCUGCUGCCGUCAAACACUCCCUGCUCUCCUCCCUCCUCUCCUCCUCCGGUCUCUCCACCGUCCCCUUCCUCUCUGCCGCCUCCUCCUCCCCCUCCUCCCCCUUCUCACUCUCGCCCUCCUCCUCCUCCUCCUCCUUCUCACCCUGCCUGCCGCCCCUCAUUGCCUCGUCCCUCUGCUCCUCCUCUCCUGCUGCUGCCCCAUCCCCCGUCCGCCCCUCCUCCCUCGUCACGCCCCAGACCCUGCUUCGCAUCCCGGGCUUCCCCCCCCCUGCAGCAGCAGCUGCGCUGCCCCCAGAUACCGCCUCCUCCUGGCAGUGCCUGCUGUUGAGAUCCGACUCGCCGGCUACUGCCAGCUGGUCCGUGCUGGUGCCAGCUCAGCAUUUUGUCAGCUUGUGGCGGCUUCAGGAGUUUUGCCAGCUGCAGCUGCAACAGCAGCAGCAGCAGGAGAUCGAGCCAGGAGGAACUUUUUCUAGACUAGCCGAACCUGACCUUCAAACCAUAUCAGCAGGCGGUGCUGCCGAGCCUGGUUUUAUCGAGCCAGGUGCUGUCGAGCCUGGUGCCAUGAGGCUCGGAACAAGGGGAGAGAGCAGAGGCGGAGGGGCUGAGCUUCGGAUGAAGCGCCUGCUUCGCUCUUGCGACUGGGCGCGGGAAGGAGUGGCUUUCAGCGAGGAGAGUGACAGCAGCAGCAGCAGCAGCAGCAGCACUACCAUCACCACCGCUACUGCCACCACUGCCACCCCCACCCCCACCACCGCUGCUGCCUCAAGCCUCAGAAACAGGGACGUUGCCCCAGGCAUGCGAUGCACUCCCAAGGGGCUCCUGCUGACGUGUCACAGCAUGAGCCAAUCCGCCAUCUCCAGCAUGGCACGUGACCUGGCGUGCGCAUGGGAGGCCUUCCUCUUCGUCCGCCAGCUCAGACGCAUUCUGAUUGUCCGAUGCAAGCCAGCAGGCGGGGGGAGAGCAGGGGGAGGGAGAGGUGGAGGGUGGGGAGGAGCGGGAGGUGAGGGGAGAGGAGGAGGGGGAACGGAUGGGAGAGGGGGGGAGGUGUGGGGAGUGCAGGAGGCGGGGGAUAGGGAGGAGAUGGUGAGAAGGUGGGGGGAGGUGAGGCGGGCGGUUCGGGUGGUGUCUGUGGGGCCCACGUCAGUGUGUCUGGCAUAUGAUGGCGGCAUGCUCAUGCCAGGCUGUCCUGUCCGCGUCCAGAUUCAAUGGAUCCCGGCUGCCUCUAGUGCUUAUGCUUCUAAUGCUGCGGCUGGUGCUGCUUCUUCUGCUAGUGCUGGUUCAGGUGCAGGAGGGGAGGAGGGCGGCCAGGGGGCGGUGGCAGUGAAAAGGGAGGAUGGUGCCGAUGUAGGGGGCAAUGGAGGUGGUGCUGCUGCUGAUGCUGAUGCUGAUGCUGAUGCUGCUGCUGUUGGUGGAGGUACUGGGGCUGAUGACGGGGGCGAUCUGCCGCUGGCUGUGGAUUGCAGAGUGGUGGUUUCGCCAGACGACUUGUGGCCGCACACACAGUACCUGGAGGAGUGCGUUCGCAUGGGCGAUGCAGGCCUGUUGAUUGACGCCAUCCGCCUCACAGCAGCGCCUCUCCACGCCUUGCACUCCGCCAUCCGCCCCCUCCGCUCCGUCUCCGUCCCUCCCCCCGCGCUGCUGCCCUCGCACCACAACCAUCACCCCGCACCCCUGCAACCACAGCAGCAGCAGCAGCAGCAACCACACGCACAACCAUCGCAUUCUAGUGGGCCCCCACAUUCCACUGCGUCUGCAGGCGCUGCUGCUUCUACUCCACCUGCCACUACAGCAGCAGCACCGGAAGCUUCUGCUUCUGCCGCUGCCUCAGCCUCUACUGCCGCUGCUGCUGCUGCCAAUGCAGCCACAGCAGCAUCCGCAGCGGCAGCAGCGGGGGCAUCUCGAGGGUUGAUGCUGGGGGCAACGCUCUGCACGCUGCUCCCGGGGGACAUCAGCAUCGUCCCCCGCGGCCCCUUCUCCUUCCGCAUCAUCUACCGCCACGACUUCGCCAUCCACAUGCGCUGCUUCGGCCCCGACUUCGUCUGGCUGCAGCCCGCCCCGCCGCCCAAAACCUACGACUUGCCGCCCGGUCUCGUCGCGAAAUUCCCGGGAGCGUCCGCUGCUGUUUCCGCUGCUGCUGCAGCGGCUGGUAGUGCUGCCGCCAGCGGCGCCGGCAAACAGGCAGUAGCUAAUGGUUCGCCUGGUGUUGCCGCUGGUGCUGCUGCAGCCGCAAGUGGUGUGAUUCGAGGGGACCUCACUCUCGGAGGUUCCUUACCCUGCCCCCAGUUCCGCCCCUUCAUUCUGGAACAAGUCUCUCUGCUGCUCUCACAGCUCGACCGCCACGCUCCGGAACCUCCGCCUGCUGCUGCUGCUGCUGCUGCUGUGGUGGCAACAUCCGGGCCUGGCAGGCUCGGCAGGACAGGGCCGGUGGGGGAGAGUUUGACAGGUGGCGGGCAGCCUCCCAUCGGACCAGGCAACUCACAGCAACAACAGCAACAGCUGCAGCAGAUGCAGCACCAGCACCAGCAGCAACAGCAAGAGCAGCAGCAGCAGCAGCAGCAACGGGCGGAGAUGCUGCGGUGGCAGCAGAUGGCAGCCAACCUGGCCUCCUCCGUGCGCGCCGAGUCCCACACAGCCAUGGUGGGCCUGUCGGACGACGGCGGGUACGGCGGCGCGUGGGUGCCGGUCGUUCUGCUCAAGCGUGUGCUGCGCAGCAUGCUACGCUACCUGGGCACCAUUGGGUUGUUCGCUCGCUUCCCUUCUGUGCUGGCGGCAGUGCUGGGGCCCGCCAUGGGGACGAGGGAAGCUGGGUUGCUGUCGCAGGAUCCCGAGCAGCCUGCACUGCGGUUCUUCAUUGGCAACUAUGUGUACAUGGUGAAUCUGCACCGCCAUCGCCGCCCCACUGCUGGCGACCAGCUUCAGCUUAUGCUGCAGGUUGUAAACGCCCGCAUGGCUCCACAGCGCCGCCCGCCCGCGAUGACACACGAUGCUGACGUGGACAUGACCCCUGCUGAGCUGGCGGAGAUCAGCGACCUGUUUUCACGCAAGGUGGCAGUGGAGCCCUUCGAUGUAUCCCGUCUGUCCUCCUUCGUGACACUUGUCAUGCUCCCAUUGGCUGUAAUCCGUGAGUUCAUGGGUCUGCUCGCCAUGAGAAGGGAACAGCAGCGCCUGCUGGCCGCUGCAGCAGCAGCAGCAGCUGGAGCGGGUGUGGCAGCAGCAGCAGCAUCAGGAGGGGCGGUAUCAGGGGGAGGUCCAUCUGCAGGUGCAUCUGGGGCAGGUAACAUCCCAAAAAUUCAUCCAGCCACCCGAGUCACAGUGGAUCUGUGCUUUGAGAAUCGCAUCGGUCUGGGAUGGGACCUCCCAGAUUCUUUUGGAAAGAACAGCGGAGGCCAAACUGGGGGAGGUGUAUCUGCAGGGCAGGUUCACCCAGGCUCUGGUACAGCUGGCAGUACAGCUGGCAAUAGUGCCGACCGCAGCGAUAUCAGUUACAGCCGGGCAGACAGUCGGGUGGAUUUCUCUCUCGUCCUGCUCAUCGACCAUGCCGCCCUCUCCGCUGCCCAUCUGCCGGUCCACAUCGCAGGCGGCGCAGGCUGGCUGGCGCACUGCGUUUCGGUCCGCCUACGCUUGCAUUUCUCUGCCGCCCCAGCUAAUCCGGCAGCUGCUGGUACAGGUGCAACUGGUCCAGGUGCCGCCUCUGUUGCUCCGGGUGCGCGAGGGCCGUUGAUUCUGCAGCUGUCGCUGCUGGCCGUUGAUGGGAGUCAUGGGGGGAAGGGAUGCUGGAGUAACACAGAGGACUGGGACAGGUGUAAGCAGCUGAUCGGUAAGGCAAUCAAGGAGAUGCCACCACCACCGGCAGCAGCUGCUGCAGCAGCGGCAGCAGCAGCAGGAGGGGGGGCAAAGGAGAUGGGGGUGGUGGUGGGAGGGAGAGGGUGGUUGAGGGUUUUAGCUGAGAGGUUGCAGGCAGCUGUUCAUUCUGCACUAACCUUGUCUCAUAGGGGUUGAGUUAUCCGCUGGGCGAGUUGUUAUGCUACCCAUAAUGCUAGUUGGGAAGAUUGCUGUGUCAUGCAUAGUACAAAAAGAAUAAAUGAUAGGAAAAGCGUGCGGGUUUAGCAGCCAUGCCCUUGGACACCUUAUCGGGCUUCAGGGAGUGUAUACAUCAAUUGGAGAAUGUUAUGCCACCAAGCCAGUUGGUUCAAUGUAGUUUUAAACAGCCUCGACC